UAUUUGAUAUAUUUUUUCACAGAGUGCGUAUGUUGCCGCGAUACAACGAUCGAUCUCGGUCACCAGUUUUCGGCCGAGUAAUUAGCAGAGAACCCAUUAUUCCCCCACGUGUAAAUAUUGGUCAUUAUCAACGACAUUACGGUGUUGACGGAAGUAAUUUCGGCGGUUCAUCUUCCCGCAUCUACGGAGCUGAAACAAAAGGAACACCCUCUUAUCAAGGUGGUGGUGGUAGCUCUCGUCGUCCGUCAAAAUAUCGUCAUGUGGGUUCUAACAAUGCAGCUAGUGGGGGUAAUGGUGGAAGCUCGAACUCUGUGAAUGUGCAAGGAAGCUUCCAACGUUUGAAAGAACUGAUUUGGACGGAGCGCGCCAAGGAGCUGACGCAACAGCGCAGGGCAGAAGAGCUGGCCGCACGUGCUGCCGUUCUUAAAGAGAUCACCAAUGGUCAAAAUAUUCAAUCCUCGUACAAACAUUCCUCAAAAUCGGAAUCCCCUUUAAUGGAUGAGAAUCGUAGCCCUGAUCGAGAUAUAUAUCAGCAUUUGAAUGAUGAUCGCAUGUCUAUUGCCACUGGCCAAGCGCGCUAUAUUGAGAACAAUUACGGUAGUAAGAAAAACGGGAAUAUAUAUUUAAGAAACAGUAGCAACAAUGACAAUAAUAAGCGUAAAAACGCCAAAACUAAUUAUAAAGGAAAUAGUAGAAUAGCCAACAGUAAGGAUGGAGUUAAAGAGGUUGGACUUUAUGUGGCAGCAACAGGCGCAGGAACUUCUGCUGUGCGUAGCUCUAUGAUAACAAAUAAAAAUCGAAACAUCAAAAAUAAUGAUAAACCAAGAUCUUUGUUAGUAGUGCCAAAUGGCACCAGCGGAUCCCUUGCAACCUUUGCGCAUAGCAGCAGUUACUUCGACGACGACCAAAGUAUCGGUAUACCAAGAACAUAUCCAAUGCGUCCAUCACAUUUUCGUGAACGAAAUCGAGCAUUAUUUAGAGAGGUGAGUAUUUUUUAUUUUUUCGAGGUAAAUGUUAUGGCAGCAGUAAAUGGUAAAACUUGUAUGGAAAACUAUUUUAUUUGACCAGAUAUCUUUACC